UGCCCCUUAGAAUCUUGUAAAAAAGAGCAGAUAGGUGAGAGGGAUGUUGUAUCCUUAAAGUACAGCACUUUAUGUAGAAGUGAUACAAUGGCCUGAAGGCACUGGUUCUGAUGGAUGGAUCUCCUUAUGCCUCCAUAGCUUCAGCAAAUUCACAUGAAUUUAGGAAAACAGUUACAGUAUAGCUGACCACAUCUGUUCGUUAAUGUGGUCCUGCGAUCCGACCGCCCGUAUUCUGUGCAUUAUGAUCGUUGGAAAUAAUUACAACUUUGAAUCGCUACAAAAUGGCACAGAAACCACAGACACCAGAAAUGGGAAAUAGAGAACAACCAAUUCAUUGCCCUUUUAAGGAGGAACCACCCCUAACAAUUUAUAUGUGAAUUUCUAAAACUUUUUUUUAGCUGUAAUCAACGCACUCGGAUUUUGCCUGCUUUAAAUGGUUAAUUCCAACAUGAAUCAACAAUGUGCAGAGUUGUUUGCAGUAACAAAAUAUAUAAGGUUGAUGAAACAUACUAAUUAACUAUAUAUAUAUAUAUAUCUCUAAAACUAAGAUCAAAAAGUAUAAAAACGUUUGUGUCAAAAACAAUUAUUAAUAAUCUGCUGCAGACUGGGUGUAUGUUUAGACUGUUGACUGUUCCUCUUUAAGGUAAAUAAAAGGACAACAUUAGGUUUUUUUUCACAUUACACAAUAUUGGUCUUUUCAUUUAAUUGCUCUAACUCUGGAGAAGACCACUUGAUAAUUAUUGUCCUUCUCCAUUUCUAAGAAAUAGGAAACUAGAGUAUUUUGAGAUCUGAAGUUCUCUUCCCUAUGUAAAAUAAAUAUUUAUUUUACACUCAGAAAAUACAUUUUACUGUUGGCAUUAUAAAUGAAUAACCAGAAAAAGCAAUUACAGAUGUAAAAGAGAGACCUAUGAAACCUGAGUCAUAAAGAGGAGUGCCUAUAUAACCAGUUGAUUAUUAAACCCUGUAAUAUCCCUGAUCUGACACUGGCCAUAGGAACUUCUUCCUUGAAUUUAUACUGGAUCUUGAAAAGUUUUUGCCAAAUAAAGUGGAAUUUUUAAUACUGGUACCUGUUUUGUAUCAACAUUUGGAUAUGGUUAAAAUUACUUCUGUGAAUAUGCUCUAUUCUGAAAUGUGCAACGAACCUAGCAACAGGAAAUGAACUACUUUUUAAUUAUGUGAACUGAGAAAAUGAGUAUUUCUGCCACAUUGCAUUUGGAAGUUUUUCAGCUGGAGCCACUUGCUGUUAGUUUCAACCAUGCAUUUAAGAUCAUGGAUUAUUACUCAGUGCUUUCUCUGGACCACUUCUUUUCAUAUAAUUUCAGGAGGAGACUGUCAAAACCUGUCGAUAAUUCCAUGUAAUAUUCAGUACCAAAUUGAAUCUUCCAGUUGUAUAAAAGAUUAUACAGUUGAGCCUUUGCCACCGUUUGCCUCCUUCAUUGGACACAAUAAUAUCACGCUAACGUGGCCACCUUCUAAUAUCUCAGGAACAACCUACAUCAUCCAAUGGAAAUAUGUCCACAUGCCUGGAGAGUGGGAAUAUACACAGACUGUUGAAGAGCCACCCUUUACUGUAGUUAACCUACAACCAUAUGUAGAAUAUUGGUUGAGAGUAGUCUGGAUUAUUUGUCGCCUACAGUUUUAUUCAGAACAAAGUCCUGCAUAUUGGACGCUUGCAUUUGGAGCUCCUGCAAGUGCUCCUAUCAUAGAAGAGCUAGAAAGUCCCAACAGUGACAUAAUAGAAGUCAGUUGGUUUCCUCCACUUUUCCCAAAUGGACCUAUUAUUGCAUAUUAUUUAAUACUUUCUAGUGCUGUAGAUGUUCAGAGGUAUCAGUCAGUCAGUGGAAGGCACAGUUUUCAGUUUUACUCCACAAAGCCAGAGACUACAUACAGAUUUUCUAUUAAGGCAGUUAAUGCUGAAGGUGAAGGACCUGCAUCAGAAGCAAAUAUAACAACUGCAAGAGCUAUAAUUCCAGAUGAAUCCCCAUGGCUGUUUCUUUCUAGCAACAACACCCUAAUCAAAAGGGACAAUCUACAAGACAGUGUACAUGGUGAAGCUCAAUGUCUAUUGAUGAAGAAUAGAAUAACAAGUAUUUCUAUUAACAUUCACACACAAGAGGUCUACUUCUCAGAGCAAAACCAUAUAUGGGUAAAAAGAGUUAAUGAUAUGGCAAAUACAACUGAUCCUAACCUUUUGUAUACUGGCCAAAGUUCUAUUAGUUCCUUAUCUGUGGACUGGCUGCAUAACAAGAUUUAUUUUAUCAUGGACAAGCAGGUGUACAACUGUGAAUUGAAAAAAUGUACAGCAGCUAAGAAGAUUGGAUUAUCAGCUGAAAUGAAUCCCAUUAAAAUGUUGGCUGAUCCAUUUAAUGGAUAUCUCUUUUUUCUUCUUGAAGAUGGAAUUCACAGAAUUAUUCUACCACAAUAUUCCAUAGAGAACAAUUUAACAAACCAUAUAGUAAUGAAAAAUGGGAUUCAAGAUUUUGUAAUUAAUGCUCAGUCAAAGAGAGUGGUUUAUACCAGCAGUGAAACAUUUAUUUCCAUUGUAUCUGCCUAUCUGGAUGGUUCUGAUGCUCAGCUCCUAAGGGAAAUACCAAAGAAUUCAUUUGAAGAAAUAAGAAGUUUUAUUUUUUUGAACAAUACAGUCAUGUUCACAGAUGGGAAAUCUGUGUUUUCUGAAGAUUUUUAUUUUGAUAGGUAUUGGUAUAAUGAAUACUUAGUAACCUGUGAUCUUGCAGGACCAAUAUAUACAGAUUACGACAAAUUUGUCUUGUAUGGAGAGUCCACACAACCUUUUCCUGUCCCAAGUGAGCCUGAGCAAGUGAUGGUCUUGUUUGGUACACAGUCUGCCACAAUUUUGUGGAAGCCACCAAAGCCUACUAUAGAAUCUAGUCCAGCUGCUUGGCAAGAAUGGAGAUAUACUGUUAAUGUAUCUGAAAACAACCUUAAAAUGGAACAGAUUUUCUAUAAUAUUUCUUCUACUGAGUUAACAGUGAACAAACUAAAUGUGUCUACUAAAUAUGAAGUUAUUAUACAAGCUUCAUCUCCUGCCGGGAAAAGUCAAUGGACAACGGCUAUCAGUGGGACCACUCUGCAUUUAGAGGAAGAAGAUCCCUUUUUACUGGCUGUAGGCAUUGAUGGAAUAUGGAAGCAACCUUUGGACAAAUUUGGUCCUGAAAUAUUGAUUUCUGACAAAUUCAGAUUCAUAACAGACAUUGAUUUUUACAAUGGCACACUCUACUGGAGCAAUGUCACAGGACAUGUUGACAUUUGGGAGAUGAAUUCUAGCAACUCUGCAAUAAACAUUCCUGAUAUAAAAAGAGCUGGACCACUGGCAUUUGACUGGAUUGGACAAAGCAUCUACUGGGCUGACCAAUUCAACACCAUGGUUUAUAGAAAACAUUUGGCCACUGCUGGCACUGAAACUGUGGCAAUGGCUCAAUAUCGAGUAAAUGACAUGGCAGUGGAUUCAGUUAAUGCUUUCCUUUAUUGGAGCACUGACUUCAGUGUGGAGAGUAGUAGGCUAAGUGGGCAGAACCACAUGCUUUUCCAAAACAUUACACUAUUCUCCAAGAAGCAGGUAGUCUCCCUAACUUUGGAUAUCAAAUACGAUCAUCUUUACUGGAUUGUGAAGGAUGGACUAAAAUUAAACUUGUACAAAUCAGGUCUUCGCAAAGAUAGAUCGACUAAUGAUGUUGCUAAAGUCAUAGAAUUUGCCUCAUGGAGCACUUCUGAAAUUUCCCAGCAUGCUCUGACAUUUUACAGUGAUCGUUUAUUUUGGAUUAAUGGGAAGAAAUACAUAACAGUGCAAGAAAUCAGCCAACCUGCAUGCAUGCCUUUCUCCCAACCUGCAGAAUUUACAGCAUUUACUUUAAUUCAUAGUUCUCUCAAGCCAUUACCAGGAAAUUUUUCAUACAUCCCCAGUGUAAUUCCUGAUGGGAUUCCAAGUUCUUCAGUGAAAAUUAGUGGCAAUUAUUCAAGUUUUGUUGUCCUGUGGGAGAGACCAGACAAUGUAGACAUUGGCACUAUAUUCUAUUGUGUUGAGUCCAACAAACUGAGUCAACUGCAUGCCACAGCUGAUGGAGGCUGCCUUACACCAGAAGGCUUUAUCAAUUAUUCCUACACAGUAGGAGGACUGGGGCCUUAUGAAGAAUUUGACUUUGCUAUAACACCAUAUACAUUCUGGGGAAGAGGUCCCACCACUUUGCUAAUCCUACGUUCACCAGAAGGAGUUCCUUCUCAACCCUUGAAGCCAAGAAUAUUUCUUUUACAGAAUAAUAGCAUAUCUGAGGGCGAGAAAAUUGCAGUAGAAUUGAGAUGGGAUAACCCAAACAUGACCAGUGGAGUCUUGAUAAAAUAUACUGUCUUAUACAGAGUACUCAAUCAAAGUAUAUUCAGUUCAUCUCUUACUAACUGGACUUCAAUGGAUACAGCAGCAUUACAACAAUCUGUUCAACUUUAUGAUUUAAAUCCUGGAUUAUUUUUACAGUUUCAGGUAAAAGCUUUUACCUCUUUAGGACCAGGACCAUUCUCUGAAUUGGCACAAACAAAUAUUACAGAUGUCCGUCCUGCUCCUGCUUUAAUCAGUUUUAAUCCAAGACUUCUAAGUUUCCUUGACACAGACAAAAAGGAUGUUAUGUGGAAUGAAUCGGCAGAUGAGGAUAUGAGAGCAGUUACAUACACAGCCAAUGAUGGGAAACUGUAUUACAUACUAGGUGACUCCCUUUUCUGCAGACAUCUAGAAAACGGCUCUUCAGCUUUGCUACUAAAAAAUGAAAAUCUUUCAAGAAGUUACAGCAUGAGCGCAGAUUGGAUUCCGAGACAUAUUUAUGUUGCUGUGCGUGCAGAACAGGAAAAUAAUGAAAUAUAUGUAAUUGAUCUGGAACAAAAACUUAAAGUUCUUAAACUUAUCAACUCAUCUCACACAUUCACAAUUUUAAACGUAGAAGCCAUCUUAGUCUACUCAUUGCUAAGUCGCUUAUACUGGGUAGAAUCAACUGAAAUGGGCAAACAAAUCUCCUACUAUGAUAUAAGCAAUGAUACAGUACAUCAUGUUCUAGGACAUGAGAAUAAAACAGAUGCUUUUAAGACAAAUGCCUGUAGCUGCUUAAUCAAUAGCUCAGAGAUAGGACUACCAGUGGCUCUGGAUGCAACAAAUAUUAGCAAGCCCUGCAUAUACUUCCUAAAGAAUUCUACAGAUGUGUGGGCCUCAGACCUGGAAGGAUGUCAUUGCUGGAGGGUGAUCUCAAUAAACUUAUCUCCUGGUUCAAUAGUAACAAGCCUAGCUGUGGAUGAUUAUUACAUAUACUGGAGUACUGAAGGCAAAGACAAUGCAACCAUAUACCAAGCAAGUAAAUUAAGUAAAAGUCCAGCUCUGUUGCAAGUGGGUCAAGGACACCCCCACAUUUUAGCAUUCAGCACAUCUUUGCAGCCAUUCCCAGACAAAUGUUGUAUUGUGCUGUCUCUAAAUCAGGAUCAGCCAAAGAUACUAAGUGCAACAAAUACAAGUUUUACUCUGGAAAUGGCCCAAGCCAAGACGCAAUGUACGUGUCCCUUGAUAGGAAGCACAACACCAACAUAUACAGUGAAAUACAGGAUGUUCAGUGAACACCCCAAAGCAUUAGUGAAUUGCUUGCAUAAUAAUUGUGCAGUAGAGGAAUAUCAAAAGAACAUUGCACACAUCUUGAACCUACAGCCUUACACUACCUACAUAAUAGAAGUCAACCUAAGAAACUAUUAUUCUUUCCUACUUGCUCAAGAACCUACAGGAAAACCAGUGACUGGUAAAACUGACUAUGGAGUUCCAGGAGCAGUGGCAGAAGUUAAUUUAACAGUCUGGUCAGACUCUGUAAUCAAUAUAACAUGGCAAGAACCACCCCAGCCAAACGGUCCACUUGACUAUAUACGCUACCAGAUUAUGCGUAAUAUUUUGCCCCCAUUUCCUGCUUCACCUCAGAGGAAAAGUGACUUUCCAGAUGGUCUGCUUAAGUUGGCUUUUACAGACCUUCAUAGCGGAAUUAUCUAUCAAUUCAUGGUUCUUGCUUUUCACCCAGAUGAAAAUUGGUUUACUGAAAGUGCUGCUGUUUAUAACUCAACAUUUCAGAAACCUGCUGUGCCUGAAAAUAUAGUUCCUGGGAACACCAGUUUACUACUGGAUUGGAAGCCACCACAGGAGGACAUAACAGAUUUCUGGUUUGAGCUAAAACCAGAAAAAAAUUUCAAAGAAGAAUGGUUUGUACCAAUGAACACAUCCUGUACAAAGGGCAUGGUCUACAUGUGCACUCUGAUAGGAGUUCAGCCAAAUCUGAAUUACAAUGUGCAAGCAGUGGUCAUUUUUUGGACUGGUGCUACGAGCUUCUCGGACAAAGCAAGAUUCAAGACAACAGCGGGAAUACCUGGUAAGCCAGGAGUUCCACAGAGGAAACAGAAUAUCAUUGAGUGGUUGCCAGUGGAAGAAGAUAAUGGAAGCAAUGUUAUCUACUACAUUUUAGAAUACAGAAAAUCGCUUGAUGAUGACAAAGAUGAAUUAAAACCUUGGCUAACAGUGUACAAUGGGUCAUGCCCCAAUAUUUGCACAUGGGAGGUUAAUGAGAUGAAAGGAACAUUUGAGUUCCGAGCAGCAGCUGCAAAUAGUGUAGGGCUUGGCGAGUACAGCAACACCAGUGAAAGGAUUAUCUUAUCUAAAGGAAACACGGAUGUUACCUUUAUUGUUGUCGGCAUUGUAUCUGGUAUUUUAAUUGUGCUCCUGAUAGUAGCAUUUGCCCUUUGCCAAAAGUCAAAACAAAAAUCACAGAAAAAGGAAAAAAUAACAGCUGCUAUGUUGGAGGACAAAGAGUUGAUGAAGUUAAGGGGAUUAUCAAAUGCUGUUGGUCUGGCAAAUGGCUGCUAUGCUGUCACCAUUCUUCCUACUCAAAAGGAGAAAGAGAAUUUACCAAGUUUCCCCCGUGAGAAAUUAACACUUUGUGUUUUCUUGGGAAGUGGAGCUUUCGGUGAGGUAUACGAAGGGACAGCUAUUGAUAUUUUGGGACCUGAAACAGGAAUUAGAGAAGUGGCUGUGAAGACUCUAAAAAGUGAUGCAACAGACCAUGAAAAAAUUGAAUUCCUGAAGGAAGCACACAUUAUGAGCCAGUUUGACCACCCAAAUAUUUUGAAACUACUUGGAGUCUGCCUUUUUAAUGAGCCCCAGUACAUUAUUCUUGAGCUGAUGGAUGGUGGGGAUCUGCUCACAUAUUUACGAGGAGCUCGAGCAAAUACAUCUAUGCAAAAUCCAUUGCUCUCAACAUUAGAUCUUCUCGAUAUCUCAGAAAACAUUUCCAGAGGAUGUGCUUAUCUUGAAAGAAUGCGUUUUGUUCACAGAGACUUGGCUGCCCGAAACUGUCUGGUAUCUGUAAAAGAAUACAACAAUCUUUCCAGAAUAGUGAAGAUUGGAGACUUUGGACUUGCGAGAGAUAUUUAUAAAUGUGAUUAUUAUCGGAAAAAUGGAGAGGGACUUCUGCCUGUUCGAUGGAUGGCACCAGAAAGUUUAAUUGAUGGCAUAUUCACCUGCCGUUCUGAUGUAUGGUCUUUUGGAAUUGUCCUUUGGGAAGUCUUUACUAUGGGGCAACAGCCAUACCCUGGGUUUUCAAAUUCGGAGGUUUUGCACCAUGUACGAUCAGGACAACGAAUGGACUCCCCAGUGAAUUGUCCUGAUGAUGUGUGGGACCUAAUUAAAAAAUGCUGGGCCCAGGAUCCCUGGAAGAGACCGGCUUUCUCAUAUCUUCAGAAACAGCUUGAAAAGCUAAAAAGUUACUCUUUGAGAUGCACUCAAAACACGGACAAAAGAAUGGAUUUAGAAGGUGUAGUCAAUUCAGCCUUUGAAGAUGGAGAGGCAACGUUGAAGUCUGAUGGGAGUUCUGCCUCAUUAAUUCUCACUGAAACAAAGAAUGCACAAGGUCUUAAUUACGUGAUGGUUACAACAUAGGAAUGUAAACUGGUACAAAAAAUCAGUAGGAAAAUGUUAUUUCUCACAAAAAGAAGAUGCAUUUUUAAACAUACUGUAGAGGCCUAUUUAUCAAAAUUUGAAUAUUCAUAUUUUUAAAGAGCAUGAAUGUGUGCUUAUGUGUUGAAACAACUGAAUAUAAAAAGCAAGAAGAAAAAAAUGUGGAACAAAUUGGAAUAAGAAUAUGAAAACCUCAAAAUCUUCUUUUUCAAAAAAAUGUUUGUGUGAUUACAAACAAAAAAAACUCCUGAAAACCUUAAAACCUUAAAGCAAAGAAAGAUACUACAGUUUGCAAAGGACAGCUCCUAUUGACUUCUACAUGACGUCAGUUUUUAGAUAUAGAAGUUUUGUAUGUAAUUUUUUGUGGUUUUUGCAC